AUUGAUCGUUGAAAGAAAAUUUCUACACAAUGCCGAAGAAAAGCUAAACUUUUCAUUGUUCGUGUUCUCGAAGAUCGUUUGAAAGAGGUUCGUAUUGGAUGCUUCGAUGAAGUAGAUGUGUGUGUGUAAAAGAGAGAGAGGGAUAGGAAAGGUAGAGUAGGGGUUUGAAUCGGUCGAGUGGGAGACGGUGAGUUUGCCAAGCUGUUAUGUUGUCCUGUGUUAGUCAGUCAGUCGUGCCAGCGAGCCGGUCGCGUUAAAGUGGUAUCCAAGAAAUUAUCGUGCAACAUUGUGCAAGGCAGAAUUAAGUAUUGUAAGACUAAUCAAAUUAUCAUCAGCUGAUUCUCCUUUUUUAUUCAUAUUUCAAAUAUAUUUUCCAAGUUAUAUCUAACCGAGUGAACGUUCGUCCAUCGAAACCGAAGAAAGUGGAAUAUAUAUAUAAUGUAGUGUAUUAGUUGUUUUAAACUUGUAAGGAUUGGAAGAUAAAAAAUAAGAACAAACUCGUAUAAUUAAGUCAAGCAAGAUUGAUUUGUAUGUAUUUAGUGAUAUAAUUCGUUCGUCCAAGAUCCAACGAACCUAACGGUGCUCGAAAGAUUCGAGUUUUUCGAGUCGUCAAGGCACGUUUUUAAGUUGGCGAUGUCCUGCGGGGAUCCGCUGCGGUGAAAGUAAAAGCCGCCGGCGCGUUGCUCUCUGCGGUGUUGUUCGUUUUAGUCUUAGUUAAAGCCAGCCCUGCUCUUUGCCGAGAGGUGUCUCGUUAUCGUUAUCGUGAAAGUUGCGACGAGGUUGCAACGUGUCGUUCUACUACCUCUCUUCCCCCUCUACUUUGCCAAGACUACUAUCACCAAAGCGACAGGACGAGAAAGGAUCUUAUUAGUCUUCGAGGAUAAGCCAUUUUGUUGCUUUCCUUUCCUUCCAAUAUCUUUUUCUUUUUUUCUUUUUUCUUUUUUUCCCAUUUUUUUUUCUUCUUCUUCUUCUUCUUUCUCCUUCUUACUCAUUCGAGUGCACGUUUCUUUCCUUUCUUUUCUUCACCCACGUUUUCCUGAAUUUUCAACACGCCGGCAAGAUCGGAGGACACCAAGGCCGUAUAUUCCAAAAAUGACUGUGGUAAUUCUUGGUUAUGGAGGAAACGAAUACCUUCGUGAUGUGGCCUUCGCGUUUGAAAAUCGGUGCAAAAUCGAAAAAAGAUCCGCACAUAAAGGUCGCAGGUCGUGCAGAUGACGUACGAACAGCUAAGGAAAAGAUAAUGGAGAUUCUAGACACGAGGCAAAACAAUAUAGUGACCAUGAAAAUGGAUGUCAGUUAUACCGACCAUUCACACAUUAUCGGAAAGGGUGGACUGACGAUUAAACGAGUGAUGGAGGAAACUGGGUGCCACAUUCAUUUCCCAGAUAGUAACCGCAGUAAUCAUCAGGAGAAGAGCAAUCAAGUUUCUAUUGCUGGAGAAAUCGAUGGCAUUGAACGAGCCCGUGCACGAGUUAGGAAUCUUACGCCGUUGAUAUUUUCCUUCGAAUUGCCAAUAAUGGGAUCAUCUCAGCGUACACCGGAUGCCACGUCGCCUUACGUAGUCAAGAUUCAAGAGAAAUAUAACGUUCAGGUGAUGCUACGUACCAGACCGAAAUUGCACGCCACGUUGGUUCUCGUCAAGGGUUGCGAGUGGGAAGUUACGCAAGUAAAGGAGGCGACCGUACUCCUGAUUCACUAUAUGUGCGAAAACUUAGCUAGUCAAAUUCAAGUACAAAUGUCAAUGGAGAUAUCGCCACAUCACCAUAGCAUUGUUCUUGGAAAAUCAAGUAACAAUCUUAAAAUGAUAAUGCAUCGUACGUCGACGCAAAUUAUGUUUCCCGAUGCUAGCGACCCGAAUAUUCCUAGUUUGAAAAAGAGCAACGUUACGAUCAUCGGUGGUAUUCACAACGUUUAUUUAGCCAGACAACAAUUAGUCGGAUCUCUUCCGUUAGUUCUAAUGUUCGACGUCCCGAAGGAUUAUAUGUCUUCAAUCGAUACAGAGACUAUUUCGCAAUUGAUGCAAUCCCUCGACGUGUUCAUAAACGUGAGGCACAAGCCAAAGCAAAGUACAUUUUCCGUGAUUAUCAAGGGAAUCGAAAGAAAUGCCAGCAACAUUUACGAAGCCAGAAAGCAGCUACUUGGGUUGGAGGAGCCAAGAGUAAACGCUGAAAUACCGACCACUUAUCACAUUCCAAAUGCUGCCAAUAUUUUUCAAGGAAACGCCACGAAUGGUAACGGUACAAAUACCAUUACUUGUGGUAUACCGGAGAGUCUGUCAAGCAUGUUGACCGUAAACACACAAAAUUUACCAUGCUGCGUGUCUUCGAUGUCACAUUCGCCGAAUCCAAUGGGUCUUUCGUCACAUUGGAAUUUACCACCGAUUCCGUCCAUGUUUUCGUCGUUACCAAUUCAUCAUCCAUAUUCUUAUGGACAUUUAAAUCAUCUGCUAACGACGCAACACAUGAUGCACAGCAACCUGAUGGCUCAUACUCAUGGACUGUCGAAUCAUAUCUUGAACGACAUAGGACAAAUUCAUCCUACUUUGUCGACAGGCUUGCACACCGGUGGUAUUCAUGGAAUGACCAACAGCCUUUCGGAUAGCAAGGAAGGCAGUGCUUAUUCCUCGUUAAGCAGCGUUUCAAGUUCUUUGUCUAGUCCAGCUAUCAGCCCUCGAAACUUAUCACCGGUGAACCCAACAGGAACUAAUCCUAAUUUAGACUUGUCGAGUGUGCUAUCGGAUCUUUCGGUGACCGAUCGGCGAGCACCAGGUUGCGAGAAGAAAUCCUUGGAAAUGGCUGCCCAACAAAAUUUUAUACCCGCCGAUUACGAACAGAAAAAAAUCAUGGCCGUCUUAGCCGUACAAAAUAAAUCUAACACCUCUUCGGAAUAUCGUGUACCAACGUCGACUUGGUCGGGUUAUGGCCUUAGUCAAAGUAUUUCUUCGAGUGAUUUGAAUAAGGAUUUGUCUUCGUCCGAUCCAUUCUACUUAUGGGAAGAACCGAUGACACCUGUGCUAAACACAGGAAUGGACUUUGGUAUUUGCUCGAGUAGUAAAGAUACGAUUGGUCCAAUCGGUUCGUCUUCGAAUUACAUGGAACACACGCCAUCGUCCCAUUUGAAAAAUAUCACAUCUCAAAGAUUUACCGAUAUUGCUAGUAUGUUAACCAGCGUUGGCCUUGAAAAAUAUAAUCGCCUGUUCACGUCGCACGAAGUGGACAUGGCUACGUUCUCAUCGUUGACUGAGAAGGAUCUCAACGAGAUCGGAAUAACUGCUUGGGGUGCGAGACGUAAAAUAAUGCUAUUGAUUUCUGAAAUGAAAAAACGAAGUAAUCCGUUUAAUGGUAGCGCGGCACCAGGCGCGGAACGAAAGGUAACCGCAUCGACAACGGCAUCCACGUCGCUCGAUACCAAAUGGUAGAUGGAAACAAAAAUAAUACAAGAGAAGUAUACUAAAGAAAUAACAAGUAACGCGGACGUCAUACGUAAAUGUUAAUAUCGUAUGCGUCGAGAAAACGACCCGGAACUAUGAGACAGGGUAUUAAGAAACAUAUGAAAAAUUUCAAAUUGCUCAUAAAAAGCGAGAAGUAAGAUGAAUUGAAAUUAUUUCGAUGCGGACAUGAUUCGCCAUUAUUCGAAAUACGACGAUGAGGAUCUAAUCGACCGGAGAUCUUCCUCGUUCGUAUAAAGUGAUAUACAAUUUCAAGGACGAAUCUAUCCGACUCGGUGGAGAAAUGCUCUGACCGAAAGAAAGUUAGAAAAGAACAGGAAAAUGAAUGGGAGUUGAAAAUUAAAACGAAAUGAAAAGUAAAAAAACAAACAAAAAAAAUAAUAAUAAUAAUAUCGUCAAUCGACUCAACGAACUUGACAACGAGAUA